ACACCCUCUCUUCCCCCGCCCGCCUCUGGCUACGUCCUUCCUCCCACUGAUACACCGUAGCGAGCCGGAACGCCCCGAGCCCCGCCAGGCAGCCUCAGUCGAUCGCCGAACGGCGGCUCGGGCGGCUGGGCUGAGCCCGGGUGGAUCGCGCGGCACUCGGCUCGCGCGGGGGGCGGUCGGUCGGUCGCUGUCUCUCGGCGCUGCUGUUGCUGCUGCGCUGCCCGCGCCCCCGGCCGCCAUGGCGGAGCCGGCGGACAAGCUGUACCGGGCCGAGUACGCCAAGAGCGGCCGCGCCUCCUGCAAGAAAUGCGGGGAGAGCAUCGCCAAGGACUCGCUGCGCCUGGCCAUCAUGGUGCAGUCACCCAUGUUUGAUGGUAAAGUCCCCCAUUGGCAUCAUUAUACUUGUUUCUGGAAGCGGGCCCGACUCGUGUCCCAUGCAGAUGUUGAUGGCUUCCCUGAGCUCCGAUGGGAAGAUCAGGAGAAAAUCAAAAAAGCAAUUGAAACUGGGGGAGCCGCAGCAGGUAAAGGCAUUGACCAGGAGGGAGGUGGCAAGGCUGAGAAGAGUUUAAAUGACUUCGCUGCAGAAUAUGCCAAGUCUAACAGAAGUACCUGCAAAGGUUGUGCACAGAAAAUAGAAAAGGGGCAGAUCAGAAUUUCCAAGAAGAUGGUGCAUCCCGAAAAGCCCCAACUGGGAAUGAUAGAUAAUUGGUACCAUCCAAACUGCUUUGUGAGCCACCGAGCAGAACUGGGCUUUCUCCCUGCAUUUGGAGCCAGUCAGCUCCAGGGCUUUGGGAUGUUGAAAGCAGAGGAUAAAGAAGAUUUGAAAAAGCAGCUGCCUGCCAUGAAGAGUGAAGGAAAGAGAAAAGGAGAUGAAGUGGACGGAAAUGUGACCUCAAAAAAGAAACAGAAAAAAGAAAAAGACAGAGAAUCCAAGCAGGAGAAGCUGUUAAAGGAGCAGACAGAGUUGAUUUGGAGCAUCAAAGACGAGCUGAGAAAAGUCUGUUCCACUAAUGACCUGAAAGAGCUGCUGAUAGCCAACAAACAGGAAGUGCCUUCUGGGGAAUCUGCUCUCUUGGACCGAGUAGCAGAUGGGAUGGCAUUCGGAGCUCUGCUUCCCUGUGAGGAGUGCAAGGGGCAGUUUGUGUUCAAGAGUGAUGCAUACUACUGCUCAGGGGAUAUCACUGCCUGGACGAAAUGUGUUGCCAAAACACAGACUCCCAACAGGAAGGAAUGGAUAAUCCCAAAGGAGUUCCGGGAAAUCUCCUACCUGAAGAAAUUUAAGUGUAAAAAGCAAGACAGAGCAUUCCCUCCAGAGUCUGUGGCUGUGAAUGCAGUGCUUCCAGCAACAGCUUCUGCUCCUUUGACAGAGAAGGCGUCUGUGCCAGCAGAUAAGCCAUUAUCCAGCAUGAAGAUUUUGACCCUUGGAAAAUUAUCCAGGAACAAGGAAGAAGUGAAGGCUAUAAUUGAGGACCUGGGCGGAAAGGUGACAGGGACAGCAAACAAGGCUACCCUGUGCAUCAGCACACAAAAGGAAAUUGAGAAAAUGACCAAGAAGAUGGAAGAAGUGAAGGAGGCCAAAGUCCGAGUGGUCUCAGAACAGUUUCUGCAGGAUGUGAAAUCCUCCAGCAAGGGCUUCCAGGAGCUCCUGUCGCUGCAUGCGCUCUCGCCUUGGGGUGCAGAGGUGAAGCAGGAGCACACGGAGACGUCCCUGGGAGGAAAGUCCAGCGGGCUCCCAAACAUGAAGAGUGCUGGGAAGGUCAAGGAAGAGCAAGGAACCAGCAAGUCUGAAAAGAAAAUGAAGUUAACAGUUAAAGGAGGAGCAGCAGUGGAUCCUGAUUCAGGUUUGGAGGACUCUGCUCAUGUCUUUGAAAAGAGUGGUAAAAUAUUCAGUGCCACGCUCGGCUUGGUAGAUAUUGUCAGAGGAACCAAUUCCUAUUAUAAACUGCAGCUACUGGAGGAUGACAGAGAGAUCAGGUACUGGGUUUUCAGAUCUUGGGGUCGUGUUGGCACUGUGAUUGGGAGUAACAAACUGGAGCAGAUGCCGUCUAAAGAUGAUGCCAUUGAGCACUUCUUGAAUUUGUAUGAAGAGAAAACGGGCAACUCGUGGCAUUCCAAGAACUUCACUAAAUAUCCAAAAAAAUUCUACCCUCUGGAAAUAGACUAUGGACAGGAUGAAGAAGCUGUGAGGAAACUGACCGUUAGUGCUGGGACCAAGUCAAAGCUUCCUAAGCCAGUCCAGGACCUUAUUAAGAUGAUCUUUGAUGUGGAGAGCAUGAAGAAAGCCAUGGUGGAAUUUGAGAUUGACCUCCAGAAGAUGCCACUGGGAAAGCUGAGCAAGAGGCAAAUCCAGAGUGCAUACUCCAUCCUUAAUGAGGUUCAGCAGGCAGUGUCUGAUGGUGGCAGUGAUUCUCAGAUACUGGAUCUCUCCAAUCGCUUCUAUACCCUGAUACCUCAUGACUUUGGGAUGAAGAAACCACCUCUCUUAAAUAACCUAGAACAUAUCCAGGCCAAAGUGCAGAUGUUAGACAACCUGCUUGAUAUUGAGGUCGCUUACAGCCUUCUCAGAGGUGGAAAUGAAGAUGGGGAUAAAGACCCAAUUGACAUCAACUACGAAAAGCUCAAAACUAACAUUAAGGUUAUUGAUAAAGAUUCAGAAGAAGCCAAGAUCAUAAAGCAGUAUGUGAAGAAUACACAUGCCUCUACCCAUAAUGCAUAUGAUCUGAAAGUUGUGGAUAUCUUCAAGAUUGAACGUGAAGGAGAAAAUCAGCGUUACAAACCGUUCAGGCAGCUUCAUAAUCGCCAGCUGCUCUGGCAUGGCUCCCGCGCUACCAACUUUGCUGGCAUCUUCUCGCAGGGUCUCCGAAUAGCUCCACCUGAAGCUCCUGUGACUGGUUACAUGUUCGGUAAAGGUAUCUAUUUUGCGGACAUGGUGUCCAAGAGUGCCAACUACUGUCACACAUCUCAGACUGAUCCAAUAGGCUUAAUUUUACUGGGAGAGGUUGCCCUUGGAAACAUGCAUGAGCUAAAGAAUGCUUCCCACAUAACUAAGUUGCCCAAGGGAAAACACAGUGUCAAAGGUUUGGGCAAAACUGCACCUGAUCCUUCAGCCACCAUCACUCUAGAUGGUGUAGAUAUUCCUUUAGGGAAUGGGAUUCCAUCUGGAAUUAGUGAUACCUGUCUUCUAUAUAAUGAAUAUAUUGUCUAUGAUGUUGCUCAGGUAAAUCUGAAGUACCUGCUGAAACUGAAGUUCAACUAUAAAACAUCACUCUGGUGAACCCUAUUUAGAAGCCCUGUUAACGAGUUAUUAUGUAGUUACAUUCUAGUGCUGACUUCUGACCUGCUUAAGCAUUGACUUCCCUUAUCAAGGUAUCAAAGAGCUAAGUUGCAGAAGAGGUUACUAAAUCCAGAUUUAGUAAAUCACUUUAGUAAGAGGUUUUUAUAUAAAUAUGUGGCAGCACAUGGAACUGAGUUCUGAUGAGAAUGAAUACCUGGUUUUGUUUUAAGCCACUUCUAAUUUUUUGGGCUAUCAAGUGUGUCUUGGAAUUGAGGGUAGACCAAAAAACAGAAAAGGAAGGGGAUUUUAGCCAAAUGGAGUUGGGGAGGAAAAGGAAUUUAUGGAUGUUUACAAAUAGUUGCGCUAUUUAAAAAAAGGUUGCCCUCUUGUUUAAAAUAUCCUCUUCCUGUUUUGAUUUUGAAUAAAUGUUAAACGUCCAUUUAUUUUGAGGUAAAAAUAAAAGCUAAUUUCAUAUUAACAACUUUUAUUUUUAUGUUGCAAAAUGAUUGAAUUGCUUUAAUUGUUUCAAUGUAUUCUUUUGUAAUGCUUUUAAACACGCCAUGUCUCUCUAAAUAUAAACACUGAACAUUAAAACCUGUGGACGCAUCUCACAAUCCACGUUGGAAUGAAAA